UCUCAUAAGAACGCAGUACAGUAAGGGCAGGUGAAGGAGGGCGGGCUGCCAGACCUGCAUGUGGCAGUUCCAGUGUGAACAAAGCUUCUUAAUUGCACACACCAUCCUCACCCAUUCAUUCCUCUAGUCUUGUUUCAAAGCUCCCCUACUCACUCACCACCAACAACAUGACUAUUACUACUCCUACUACUACUACUACUACUACUACUAUUUCUACUAAGUAUGGAGCAUGCAAAAGUUACAUGCAUUUCCAUUUCCAUAUAUAUUGAUCACAUCUCCUUGGUGAGUCAGCCAUCAGUGUGGUGUGUGGUGUGGCCUCAGUCCUCCCUGGAAAUCGGUCAGUACGAGCUCUGACCUCUGACCUCAGGGGAAGGACUGCUUGGGUGACACUGACCAGCAGAUAGGGCAGGGCACACACAGGCAUAGAUGCAUAUACGUCUGGCAGUAAUCAAGAGCGCGUUAGAAGAUACACACACACACACACACACACAGUUUCGUGUUAUGCGCCAUGGCGCUAGGCUGGAUAGUCUGUCACUGACUAAAAGUUGUUUUGAAGUUGCAGCCCAUUGGUGUGUGUGCUUCUGUUUGUGGCGUCACGUGGGUGAACCAGGUGUGCUGAAGGCUGACAACUAGACAACUACUUUCGUUCCAACCACCUCAUUGGAGAGCAGUGAACGUGAGCAGUCCUGCUUAUUAAGAAUCACUGCCAUGGCCGCCCCCUCCCCCUCUGCCCACUCCGCCACCUCCGCCCACACCGCUACCGCUCCCACCCCCUCUGCCCACUCCGCCGCUGGCCCCGCCCCCUCUGCCUCCUCCACCACACCCUCCGCCACCGCCGCCGCCGUGACAGUGGAUUAUGCACGACUCAAGCUGGUGUGCAUCUUGAUGGGUCCUGGAGCAGCCGUGCUCAGCCACGCCCUGAAAUGCGGCACAAACAAGGCCCCCUCCGUCACCCUCCUGGACCACCUGGCCAGCCUCCCUGACUCCUCGACGGCCAACUACCGCGCGCUGAGCAAUAAGACGAAGAAGAAAAUCUUUAACCGGGAUGAGGAAAGAAAAAUUGGUGAUGAUCCCUCGUGCCAGACCUUUGAUAUAACACUGCUGUACAAGAGCAUAACACUGGCCUGCGAGGGUGUGCCACCCAGUGACGAUGCACGCUGGAAGGACACGGCACUGAUGGAGGGACUCCUCAACAAGAUCAAGGAGGAAAGAAACACCUGUGUCCACGAAUGGACUCAGACGAAAAUGGAUGAACACCAGUUUAAGAAGAAACUUCAAGAGUUUGAGGACAUCUUCAUCAGAGCCCUUCAUGCCGUCAGGGACAGGUACGGAGUCUGUGCCGCUGAAACCAGCACUGUCAUUGACUCUGUGAGAUUGCAGAUACAAGAUGUGUUGAAAGCCUUUACUGAAAAAGUCAUCCUCGUGAUGAACUUCGAGAAAAAGCUGGAAAUGUUCAAGGAAUUAUCAGUUUGUCACCUCAAAGAUCGUUACAAACACUUUGAGUGUUUUGACCCGCUCUCCUUCCUGUGUGGAUCCAAACAACGGGUCCACGUCCAAACAGUAUUUGUGAAACUUGUCCUUCAGCAAGAACACACACCACUUGAAAUAGACUCCGUAGAACUCUUGAAAGUUCUGACGGACGAGUCUCGGCCCUCCCCGCCUGUCCAGGACGACAGGCCGCGCCUCGCCGUGGUGAGCGGCAUCGCCGGGAGUGGCAAGACCACGCUGCUCACUCUCCUGGUGUCAGAGUGGCGCAGGGAAGAGUGUGACCGCCGCGUCAAACAUCUGGAGGAGUACGACAUUGUGCUCAGAAUACUGUGCAGAGACAAACAUGCCGAGGACCUGGAGACAUUCCUGCGCCUGGUCCUCCCGCCCAGUCUGUCGGUGUUUGGGGAGCCCCUCGUGAAGUAUCUGGAGCACUGCAAGGUGCUCUUCCUCAUAGACGGCCUCGAUGAGAUGAACCAAACCUCCAAUAAGCUCGUCACUAAUGUUAUGACAAUCGCCACAUGUAACAAACAGUUCUCAAUCCUCGUCACCUCACGCCCAGAGCGAGUGGACCGCUUCUUGAGGCAUUACAAACAGGACUAUCGCCAAUCACAGCUGAGUAUUGAGGAUUCCGUCGCUAGGAGGACGGAGUUUGCACUGCAGUACUCCACCUCCUCCACAAACCAGGACAGGCUGAGGGAAUUCAUGACAAAACAAAAGGACAUCAAGUUGUUUGAGCUUCCUCUCAAUCUGUUGUUUGUGGUAAGAUUAUUUGAACACAAUCCAGACUGCAUGAAGGAAAGCCCUACCCAGGCCAGCCUGUACACCCACUUCCACGAGUGGUGCACAGAGAAGCUGUAUGUGAGAAUAGCCACGCACCCCACAUGGGGGGAGAAGAGGCCGCGCACCCUCAAGACGAGGAUA